AUGCGUGAGCUGAAUAAAGUAAUACUAGUCUAUAACACUGACCUUGCUGCAGAACCAACGGAAUAUAUUGCUCGAUGCAACAAUGUUCUUCACCUUCAAUUGAUUAUUAAAUCAAAUCGUAAUGAAAUCCAGGAAGAAGAUAUUAUAAGCAUACCAACUGACAUACUUUAUAAGCAUAAUCAACUGGAAACACUUACGCUUAGCGUACAAGGUCUAACAAACCAGUACUUAUCGCUGCAAAACUUGACGCAAACAUUCUUUAAAAACUUCACUGCGCUCAGACAGCUUGACUUAGCCGGAAAUAAUAUAAAAAUGUUGGACGCAAAUAUCUUCGCAGCACUAACAAAAUUGAAUUGUCUGAAUUUGAGCCGUAAUGAAAUCCGUGAAUUGCCCGAAAGUCUGUUUGCAAAUCAGCGUGAACUUCUCAUACUGGAUCUGAGUCACAAUUCAUUGAUAUAUUUAACGCCACAUCUUUUCGAUCAAACUCCUUGGCUAUGGCAGUUGAAACUUGGUGGCAAUCAACUGCACGACACCACAAAUAUUAUGGAAAAUCUGAAACCGUUGCAUUAUCUUCAUAGGCUAGACGUAAGCCAAAACCAACUGCAAACUAUUUGGAGCACCGAGACUGCCGUCAAUAGAACGCCAAGUUUACUGACAAAUUUUCUAUACAGCUAUAAGGGCAUGACUUUGGAUUUAGCUGACGGACUUAAAUAUAUUAUCAAGGUGCAACCAGAAAUUUACGAAGGUGGCAAGAUUAACUCAACAGUAAUCAAUUUAAGUGGCAAUCGUCUGCGCGAAAUCACUUUGGAUUGGCUUGUAGCAGCGAGCAUUUCAUGCCCUUUUGAAAUAAACCUAGAGCACAAUCUGAUUGAAAACAUUUUUGCUUUACAAAAUUUCUUCAGUGCAACUGCCGAUUGCGCUCCCGAAAUCAAAAUGACCGGUAAUCCGAUCGUGUGCGAUUGUAAAUUUGCUUGGGUUUACAGUGAAAACUAUCGUUCGCUGUUCAAUGGUUUGCAGUGCAUUCAGACGUCAACCAAACUAGUAAAAGAUCUGGCGCAGCUGGAACGUAAAGAACUGUGUGCUUGGAAACCAGUAAUGUGCCCCAGCGAAUGCAAUUGUUACACACAAUUUGAAUUCCUGCACAUCAGUUGCAAGGGUGCGCAACAUAUCGAACAGCUCCCACGUCCCGAGCAAGUUGGGCUCAAGAGCUCGGUACUCGAUAUUAGCAAUAACAAUUAUAUUGUAUUGCCGCUAAACACCACUUUCGGCUAUGGUAACGUUUCGCAACUCAACGCGUCGUCCAAUAAAAUCACAAGCAUAAAUAUCAGUCAACUGCCAACCAAUUUGACGGUUUUGGAUCUACGAAAUAAUCGCUUAAAUUCCUUAAAUGAUGAAUUUUUACGUACAUAUCUCAAUGAGAGUACAAAACUACAAUUUCUCUAUCUAAGUGAAAAUCCUUGGUUUUGCGACUGUUCCACGCUGCAACUGCUGCACACCAUACGAACACAUCGGACACGCAUACCUGAUGCCGACCAAUUACUCUGUGUUAAUCUGCCGAACGAUACAUUCCUAAUUGCAAAUAUGAGAGAAUUGUGCCCAGCUUCUGUUAAUGUUGAAUAUUAUCAGGACUUGAAUACAACUCUCAUUAGUGUAUUGUUAACCAUUAUUAUUUCACUUGGCAUUAUCGCACUCUUCUAUAAAUAUAAAUUAGAAGUGAAAGUCUGGUUAUAUAAUCACAACAUAUUGAGAUCAUGCAUUCGCGAAUGUGAGCUGGAUAAGCAUAAAAUAUUCGAUGCCUUUAUUUCAUAUCUCACCAGGAUGCAGACUUCGUCAACCAUACAUUACUGCCGCAACUCGAACAGUGCGAACCACCAUUUCGUGCAUGCACGCACGAACGCAAUUGGCUGGCUGGCGCUUAUAUACCUGAACAAAUCAUGGAAUCGGUGGAACAGUCGCGUCGGACAAUCAUUGUGCUCUCGCAGCACUUCAUCGAGUCGGAUUGGGCGCGCAUGGAGUUUCGCACAGCGCAUCAUGAUAAAUUGCAAGAAAUUUAUUCACGAAAUCUAUAAGAAUUACAAAGUACGGGAAAUUCUAAUAAUAAUGGAUGAGUUGCAUAAAGUAACACUAGUCUAUAACUCCGAUCUUACUGCAGAACUAAAAGGAUUCAUUGCUCCAACCGAGUAUGUGGUUCACCUUCAAUUGAUUAUUAAAUCAAAUCGUAAUGAAAUCCGAGAAGCAGAUAUUAUAAGCAUACACACUGAUAAAUUUCUUCAGCUGAACCUACUGGAAACACUUACGCUUAGAGUACAAGGUCUAAGAAAUCAGUACUUAUCGCUGCAAAACGUGACGCAAACAUACUUUAAAAAUUUCACUGCGCUCAGACAGCUUGCCUUAGCCGGGAAUAAUAUGAGAACGUUGGAUGCAAAUAUCUUUGCAGCGCUAACGCAAUUGAAUUGUCUGAAUUUGAGCCGUAAUGAAAUCCGGGAAUUACCCGAAAGUCUGUUUGCAUAUCAGCGUCAACUUCUCGUACUGGAUCUGAGUCACAAUUUAUUGGAAUAUUUACCGCCACACCUUUUCGAUGACACUCCUUGGCUAUGGCAGUUGAUACUUGGUGGCAAUCAACUGCACGACACCACAAAUAUUAUGGAAACUCUGAAACCACUGCGUUAUCUACAUAGGCUAGAUGUGAGCCAGAAUCACCUGCAAACUAUUUGGAGCACUGAGACUGCCUUCAAUAGAACGCUAAGGCUAUUGACAAAUUUUCUAUACAGAUAUAAGGGCAUGACUUUGGAUUUAGCUGACGGUCUUAAAUAUAUUAUCAAGGUGCAACCAGAAAUUUACGAAGGUGGCAAGAUUAACUCAACAGUAAUCAAUUUAAGUGGCAAUCGUCUGCGCGAAUUCGCUUUGGAUUGGCUUGUAGCAGCGAACAUUUCAUGCCCUUUUGAAAUAAACCUAGAGCACAAUCGGAUUGAAAACAUUUUUGCUUUACAAAAUUUCUUCAAUGCAGCUGCCGAUUGUGCACCCGAAAUCAAAAUAACUGCUAAUCCGAUCCUGUGCGAUUGUAAAUUUGCUUGGAUUUACAGUGAAAACUAUCUUUCGCUGUUUAAUGGUGCACAGUGCGUUCAGACGUCAACCAAACUAGUAAAAGAUCUCGCGCAGUUGGAACAUAAAGAACUGUGUGCUUGGGAACCAGUAAUGUGUCCCACCGAAUGCAAUUGUUACACACAAAUUGAAUUCCUGCACAUCAGUUGCAAGGGUGCGCAACAUAUCGAACAGCUCCCACGUCCCGAGCAAGUUGGGCUCAAGAGUUCGGUACUCGAUAUUAGCAAUAACAAUUUCAUUGUAUUGCCGUUAAACACCACCUUCGGCUAUGGUAACGUCUCACAACUCAACGCGUCGUACAAUAAAAUCACGAGCAUAAAUAUCAAUCAACUGCCAACCAAUUUGACGGUUUUGGAUCUACGAAAUAAUCGCUUAAAAUCUCUAAAUGAUGAAUUUUUACGUACAUACCUCAAUGAUAGCACAAAACUACAAUUUCUCUAUCUAAGUGAAAAUCCUUGGUUUUGCAACUGUUCCACACUGCAACUGCUGUACACCAUACGAACCCAUCGGAAACGCAUACCCGAUGCCAACCAGUUACUCUGUGUUAAUCAGCCGAACGAUACACUCCUAAUAUCAAAUGAUGCAGACUUCGUCAACCAUACAUUGCUGCCGCAACUCGAACAGUGCGAACCACCAUUUCGUGUAUGCACGCACGAACGCAAUUGGCUGGCUGGCGCUUAUAUACCUGAACAAAUCAUCGAAUCGGUGGAACAGUCGCGUCGGACGAUCAUUGUGCUCUCGCAGCACUUCAUCGAGUCGGAUUGGGCGCGCAUGGAGUUUCGCACAGCGCAUCAGUGCUCGUUGAACGAGGGUCGUGCGCGCAUAAUAAUGAUUAAAUAUGGAGAAAUCUCGAAAAGUGAGUUACUGGAUAGAGAACUAAAGGCAUAUUUGGAUAUGAAUACAUAUCUGGAUUGGCAAGACGUCAGAUUUUGGGACAAAUUACGUUACGCCAUGCCACAUAAGCUGGGUGUAGAGAGGAAUACCGAUAUGCUAAAAAUUAACGGCAGAAUAUAUGUUAUGGGACAAGUUGAGAAGAAUCGUUUGGGUGACGAAAUUAAUAUGAACAAACUAAAAGUACGCAAUUUGUGUGUAAUAAUCGCCUACAUACUAAGUCAACUGAUCAUAAACAACAAAUUUCUGUUGGUGCACACUACCGAAGUGAAGUUAACCAAAACUUCUGUUGAACCAUUCUUCACUUUACCCCCCGAUUGCUAUAACGAUGAGGAGACUAAUUGUGAUUGUUCUGGAGAAAGCGAUUGUAAUUGUAAUAUUGACGACGGACUCAAUUCUAUUUACAUCGACUUUUCUUUAAACUCGCUGAAACUUUUGGUAUAUUGUACCAUGGCCACAGAAACUGAUAUCAAUUUUCUACUCGAGCCCAAAUUUCAGCCAACUUUCCGGUAUUUCGAUGUGUGUAAUUGCGAGAAUUUUAUACACGGAACCAAUAUGAAUGGCAAAGUGCGGGCAAUUCUUAUAAAAAUACAUGAGAUGAAAAAAGUAAUACUAGUCUACAACACUGACUUUGCUGCAGAACCAAUGGAAUAUUAUGGUCCAAUCAUGAAUGUUCUUCACCUUCAAUUGAUUAUUAAAUCGAAUCGUAAUAAAAUCCGGGAAACAGAUAUUAUAAUCAUACCAAAUGACAAUCUUUAUAAGCAGAAUUUUCUGGAAACGUUUACGCUUAGCGUACAAGGCCUAAGAAACCAGUACAUAUCGCUGCAAAACUUGUCGCAAACAUUCUUUAAAAACUUCACUGCGCUCAGACAGCUUGACUUAGCCGGCAAUAAUAUGAGAAUGCUGGAGGCCAACAUCUUUACAGCGCAAACAAAAUUGAAUAGUCUGAACUUGAGCCGUAAUGAAAUUCGUGAAUUGCCCGAAAAUCUGUUUGCAUAUCAGCGGAGACUUUUCAUACUGGAUCUGAGUCAUAAUUCAUUGACAUAUCUAACGCCACACCUUUUCGAUCACACUCCUUUGCUAUGGCAGUUGAAACUUGGUGGCAAUCAAGUGCACGACACCACAAAAAUUAUGGAAAAUCUGAAACCGUUGCAUUAUCUACAUAGGCUAGACUUAAGCCAGAAUCACCUGCAAACUAUUUGGAGCACCGAGACUGCCGUCAAUAGAAAGCCAAGGCUACUGACAAAUUUUCUAUACAGCUAUAAAGGCAUGACUUUGGCUUUAGCCGACGGUCUUAAUUAUAUUAGCAAGUUGCAACCAGAAAAUUACGAAGGUGGCGAGAUUAAUUUGACAGUAAUCAAUUUAAGUGGCAACCGUUUGCGCGAAUUUACUUUUGAUUGGCUUGUAGCAGCGAACAUUUCAUGCCCUUUUGAAAUAAACCUAGAGCACAAUCUGAUUGAAAACAUUUUUGCUUUACAAAAUUUCUUCAGUGCAACUGCUGAUUGUGUGCCCGAAAUCAAAAUAUCUGGUAAUCCGAUCGUGUGUGAUUGUAAAUUUGCUUGGAUUUACAGUGAAAACUAUCGUUCGCUUUUCAAUGGUGCACAGUGCGUUCAGACGUCAACCAAACUAGUAAAGGAUCUCGCGCAGUUGGAACGUAAAGAACUGUGUGCUUGGGAACCAGUAAUGUGCCCCAGCGAAUGCAAUUGUUACACACAAUUUGAAUUUCUGCACAUCAUUUGCAAGGGUGCGCAGCAUAUCGAAGAGCUCCCUCGCCCCGAGCAAGUUGGGCUCAAGAGUUCGGUACUCGAUAUAAGCAAUAACAAUUUCAUUGCAUUGCCGCUAAACACCACCUUCGGCUAUGGUAACGUUUCACAACUCAACGCGUCGUACAAUAAAAUCACGAGCAUAAAUAUCAGUCAACUGCCAACCAAUUUGACGGUUUUGGAUCUACGAAAUAAUCGCUUAAAUUCUUUAAAUGAUGAAUUUUUGCGGACAUACCUCAAUGACAGCACAAAACUACAGUUGCUCUAUCUAAGUGAAAAUCCUUGGUUUUGCAAUUGUUCCACACUGCAACUGUUGUACACCAUACGUACCCAUCGAAACCGCUUACCUGAUGCCGACCAGUUACUCUGUGUUAAUAAGCCGAACGAUACACUCCUAAUAGAAAGUGUGGGAGAAUUGUGUUCAACUCCUGUCACUGUUGAAUAUUAUCAGGACUUGAAUACAACUCUGAUUGGUGUAGGGUUAACCAUUAUUAUUUUUCUUUGCAUUAUAUCACUUUUCUAUAAAUAUAAAUUAGAAGUGGAAGUCUGGUUAUAUAAUCACAACAUAUUGAGAUGUUGCAUUCGCGAAUGUGAGCUGGAUAAGCAUAAAACAUUCGAUGCGUUUAUUUCAUAUGCACACCAGGAUGCAGACUUCGUCAACCAUACAUUGCUGCCGCGACUCGAACAGUGCGAACCACCAUUUCGUGUAUGCACGCACGAACGCAAUUGGCUGGCUGGUGCUUAUAUACCUGAACAAAUCAUCGAAUCGGUGGAACAGUCGCGUCGCACGAUCAUUGUGGUCUCACAGCACUUCAUCGAGUCGGAUUGGGCACGCAUGGAGUUUCGCACAGCGCAUCAGUGCUCGCUGAACGAAGGUCGCGCGCGCAUAAUAAUGAUUAAAUAUGGAGAAAUCUCGACAAGUGAGUUACUGGAUAGAGAACUAAAGGCAUAUUUGGAUAUGAAUACAUAUCUGGAUUGGCAAGACGUAAGAUUUUGGGACAAAUUACGCUACGCCAUGCCACAUAAAGUGGGUGUAGAGAGGAAUUCCGAUAUGCUAAAAAUUAACGGCAGAAUGUAUGUUAUGGGACAAGUUGAGAUGAAUCGUUUGGCUGACGACAUUGUUUAAAUUUGUCACUGUUGGUUUGUGGUCUAGCAAUUGGUUGCAGAAUGUUAUUACGUGAAAUUCCGAUUCUACUGUGACACAAAGAGUUAUUCAAAAUAUUGCUACUAAGAGAAUGGUGAUAAUCUUGGCCAACCCGCUUAACCAGCAGUGUUGAUCGCACAAACUCUUCAAUUCCAUUUUAUUAUAUUUCAAGUAACUAUUUAAUCAAUUUUCCUGUAAAAUUAAUUAAAAAUUACACAAUGAUAUCUGUUUAUAUAUACAAAAAUAAUUUACUUAUGUAAAUACUUAAACAAGAAAGAAAGCGUAAGUUCUCGAAAGGUGCAAUGCUUAAAUGCACUGAGGAUUGCUACUGUCAGGUGCUGAAAAAAUUUUACCUUGUCGGUAAGGAUUCUUGGUGUAUUCGCGCUCAGGAAAUUUGAUAUGUAUAUUACAAUUAUUAAAGGGCGUGGCCACGUCCAUUUUUUCAAAAAUUUUUGCUUGCAGAUGUCUACUGCUACUGCGAUACCCUUUACUAGAUUAUAGUUUUAUAUCUUAAUUUACUGCAUGUUUAUGGCAGUUUAUAGUAUUUCGGUUAAUGGCGAUUUGUGGACGUGGCGACUUAAUACUAUGUAGGCACUACUGCAAGAGUAUAAUAAUCUUAUUCGAAAAGGUUAAGUCUAGGAAAGUUUAGAGAAAUUUAUGUAUGCUGACGUCUAAACAGUUUAAUAGUUCGUGGAAAUUGCGUGUCUUAAGUCUAUUGAGCGUUGCCAUUAGUUUAACAUUUUAGUUCUAAAUAUUAAAAUCUGGUUGUUUGAACAGUUUUUGAAAUUUUUUUUGAAACCCUUUAUGUUACCAAUAAAUAUUCAAAUCUGUUAAAAGAGUUGCCAUCCAUUAAGUAUUAAAUAUUGUAGAAGUAUUGUGUAAUUGAAAAAAGUUAA